GACGUGCAUUAGACAGUAUCCACGUGGCGAUAAGAUAAAGAGCUCCUUCCGUCAUCCCACGACUCUGCAGCCUACAGAGCUCGGCAGCUUAACACGAACAAAUAACAGUGUCGAAGGACAAAUCAUCGCCGAUUAAAGAUGCCCCGGGACUGGACAUCGUCUUCUCAUCACUACAGAAGCUCAACAAUACAUACAUUCUACCAAGAUGUCUGGAACCGAUAGGGUUCCGUCUCCCCCGGAGGCUGCGACGGCGUCUUCUGUACAAGGCCUGGAUCUGGAGUUUUCUCAUAAUCAAACUCCAGACGAAGAGAACGAAGCUAUCGAGAACCCGAUGCCUCCUUUCGAACCAUUAUUCACUCUCCUGACCAACUCAACUACAAAUACUACUGUGCACCCUCGCGUCUACUACGUCUUCUCCGAUGAUGACCCUUCGAUCCUCGCAGCCGGUGCUCAAGACCCGUCGCACCGACCCCUUGUCGUAGAUCUCGCGCCAGCUCCCGAAAGCGAGUCGAACCGAUGGGCUGUAUCCUGGGCCGCCAGUCUAACGCCCGAUUUCGCCGUGACAAACUCUAGCGUAGCUGUCCAACAGAGCGAGGGUGAAGAGAACGGAGGUGCUGGCGCUUUAAUGCUCCGUGUUGAAGGCGUCGAGCGUGAGCCUGUUGAAAUGCGACCCGAGUCCCUACCUAGCUCUGGCAGUGGUGCCAUAGGAGGGGAGGAUGUCGAUGUCUUGGCCGAAGAGUUCCGCAGACGGAUGGGAGUGCUAAAGAAGGUGGUUGAUGAGGCUGAAAAGAGGCGUGCGGUAAUAGGACAGGAUGAAGAUAUUCACGAUGCAGAAGAAGACGACGGUGCACCUGAUGAAGCGGUGGUAGACUACAAUGAGGACGAGGGGAAGGGGAAGGCAAAAGCAGGGAACGAUUGAUAGGAACUCACUCGAGAAGUUCCGUUUGCUUUAAUGAGUUUGAGAUUCUGUAUCGGCAAAGAUGGAAAUGUGCCAUCAACAGUGAUUGUGAUUCUCCAAGACUAAAACUUUUGAAACUUCGGCACCGACAAUAUACUUAGAUGCCCUGGUAAGAAUAUGGGUCAUCACAGUUUCAGGUGGACCAGACACCUUUGAAUAUGAAUGAAUACAGCUUGGCGUAUAGGUUUUGUCUGAUACGUAUGGGUGUCGAGCUUGUCAGAUUGUUAACUAGCGAUUUGAAUAUUUGAUCUGAGUCAAAAUAUCACGAUGUAUCGACACAAGUGAGGAAGCGAAAUGUAAUUAAAAGUUCAUACUAUAAACGCCUCGAAC